AUGGCAACCAAAGGCCGACAAGAUAUCGCACUCCUGUGUCUGGCAUACAGGGAGUCCCUGGAUAUCGAUUAUGAACCCUUGAUCAGCGAAAUGAGUAGGAAAUGUAAUCUGGUGCGUCUACCAUCCACCGGGAUAGCGCUGAGAUACCUAGCGAAUCACACCCCAAAGAGCAUCGUCGUGACAGACGAGGGCAUCAGCGACCCAGCCAACCAAGGCGUGGUGAAAAAGCUCAAGGCCUACAUCCAGAAUGGUGGGUGGGUGAUAUUCGCCCUGGACUUUGCCCGCUCCACAACCGCGGAUCAAUUCAACAAGCUGUUUAGCCAGGGAUUUGGGACACCCUGGGAAUAUGGAGGUCGCUCCCAGAUCACAUGCGGGUUCAAUCAACAAUGUGCUAUCCCAAUCGGGCGGGUGCCGGUGUCGGCGUCCUCGUAUAAUUUGGAGGCGCAUCUCGUCAAGAACGCUGCUCCUGUCGAACAGAUCGUCGUUCCGAUGGAAUCCGUGGAAUCGUGUCCGGCCGUGGUAGCGGGGAAGCAGUUGGGCAAGGGGUACUUGAUUUAUUGUGGGAACGACAGUGUUGAGGUGGACCUUGACAUGGUGAUAUUGUCUGUGUGCAAUUGGCAAUGGCUCUCUUGAUUGAGACUCACUGGGAUGUGCAGUGCACAGGCCGCGACCGAGGGCAAUGUUUGUUUCUGGAAUCGCGUUGUUUAUUUAUGGAUAUUAGACCAAUGAUCAAUGUAGA